CUUCGCGUUGUUUUGAACAUGGCAGCCUCCAUGCAAAGAGUGGUUGUUCAGAGAGACGCACGAUGUAACUGCCUUAAAUCGUUCAAAUGUUCAGUGUUUCACAGCAGAUCGCAGGGUUUUGACAACAGAGUAACUUUGGUUGGAUUGUUGCAUCAGAGCUGAAGUUUUGAUACAAGCGUCACUCUUGAGAUCUCCUUCCUCAUCACUUUCCAUUUAAGAGUAGGCCUGUUUUGAAGACGGUGUCUUCAGUGCUACUGCUAGGAACAUCAUGAGUAGCAAGAGUCUUCAUUCAUCUCAGAAACAGCAGUGGGUCUCCCCAUCCUUUGACGACUUCGAGUUUGACGUUCCGUCACAAAGCAGCCAACGGACUAAGCAGUCCACUCUUAAAACUGCCUACGGCAAGAACACGCUGCCUCAAUUCCUGAGUCGCAAGAGAAACAGGAAUGAAGAUGAUUCAGAGAGGAAUCGAACCGUCGACCGACGGAAGCAGCGUCAGGCAGUAGAGGCAGACAUCUGGGUGGACAAACACACGCCGCAGAUACAAAGUGAACUGGCAGUGCACAAGAAGAAGAUAGCGGAGGUAGAGGAUUGGCUGAGACUACACGCCAAGCAGAGAAGACAUGCUGGACAGACGAGAGCUCCCAUCCUUCUCCUGACUGGGCCAGCCGGGACAGGCAAGACAGCCACCGUCCAGGUCCUAGCCAAGCAGUUACAGAUGGAGGUUCAGGAGUGGUCCAAUCCAGACACUGCAGCGUACGAUCCGGACAGGCCAAUGCAAGACAGACAAGACUUCAAUGUGAUUGGCGGACCCAUCAGCCAAUCACAGACAGCGCUCUUUCAAGACUUCCUGACCAGAGCAAACCGUUAUCCGACUUUGGAGCUGUUUGGGGGUCAGACGUCAACACAGAAACUCUGCCUUGUCGAGGAAAUUCCCAACGCAUUCUAUAGAGAUCCCCAGACCUUCCACAACAUUUUACGAAAAUUCACAACCACCGGUAGAUCGCCGUUGGUCUUCAUCAUCAGCGAUAGCUACGGGGGUGAAUCCAGCGCCUUCAAGUUGUUCCCUAAGAACGUACAGGGUUCGUUGGGUAUCGAUAACAUAAGCUUCAACCCGGUUGCCAUCACAAGUAUGGUGAAGGUGAUGACAAGAAUAGCCACAACAGAAUCCAGUCAGGGUAAACGAAGGUUUGCAGUACCGAGCAAAGCCACAAUAGAAGCAUUAGCCAAUGCCAGCGCUGGUGACAUACGCAGUGCGGUCAACUCAUUACAGUUUGCUUGCCUAAAAGAUACGCACGAUCUUGACAAAGCCCUGGUCAGAAACCCUUCAAAACCGUCCAAGGGCAAACACGCCGGGAAGCAGAUGGGCGACAAAUCAGGCCGACAGAAAAGAGAGAAAGCGAGCGUCGAGGACUCGACCCUGUGUGCAAUCGGUGGCAGAGACACAUCCAUGUUCCUGUUCAGAGCUCUGGGAAAGAUCUUGUAUUGCAAACGAGAACCAAAGACACAGACAGACCCUGUGUUACCGCCACACCUAUCUCACCACGACCGGGACAGACUGAAAAUCCACCCAGAGGACGUGCUGGAGCACACGCAUAUGAGCAGUGAAAACUUUAAUCUCUACUUGCACCAGAACUACUUGGACUUCUACGAGCAUCUUGAUGAUGUUGUGGAAGCAAGUCACUACUUCAGCGAUUCCGAUCUCCUCACAUGUGAAUGGAGGUCAAGAUCAUCGAUGACAACAUACGGUGCCUCUUUGACAUCCCGAGGAGUCAUUCACUGUAACACAGCCAGGAGUCGGUGCAAUAGUACGAGCGGUGGGGGCUGGAAACCGCUACAUAAACCACAGUGGUUUGAAAUCAACAGAAAGUACAAUGAAAGCUGUGCCGGUGCUAAGGGUUUGUUUGUUGGUCAUUGCUGGACUCCAGUGGAGCUUCAGACGCAGCUCUUACCCUACCUUGCCGUCAUCAGUGUGCCCCUCGAAAACCCUGGUCAGAUCAAUUUCCUGCAAGAAAUCACCAGAUUUACAAGCAACCCCUUUGGAAGAAGACGAAGACUGGAAAAGCUGGAAGAGAAAGACAACGUGAGCGAGGAUGAAGACGAGGACAUCGUUAGUUCACAAGGGGUAAAACUGGCACCCCAGAGAAGACCCCACAUCACACCUGAGCACACAGACCCCCUCAUGACGCAGAGCAAACCGGAGGACAAUGAGAUCAUCAUUGAGGAGUUUGAUGACUGACUUUAGAGCACACAAACAGGGGCGUCGCCAAAGGGGAAUGCGAGGGGGGGGGGGGUGUUGUGACACCCCUGCCCCUUAUUUGUUUUUGUUGGCAAAAUUGUUGUCCUGACGUCAAAAUCGUGUCUGUCAGCAAAACUGCCAGAAUGGACAUUGUAGAUUGUGUCAAAAAUCGACCACUUCGGACAGCGCCCUCAUUAUUCAGAUGAUGUCCAUCCCACCCCCAACCCCCA